AUGCGUCCAACAAUCUUGCUCGCUCUCCUCUCCGCAAGCACCAUCUCAGCACGAGUGAUCCCAGCAUGGAUGCUUUCUCCUCCUGCCUCGUCCAACAUCGGACGCAACCUCGAUGACUCGACUAUCAUCCGUGAUACAGAUGAACCAACCAUCAUCCGAAGUGGGGGCAAAUCCAUUGGGAUUCGCAGUCUGGACGAGUCGAAUGUCAUCAGAAGUGAGGACGACACCAUCAUUCGUAGCCUGGACGACUCAAAUAUCAUCAGAAGUGAAGACGACACCAUCAUUCGCAGUCUGGAUGAGUCGAAUGUUAUCAGAAGUAAGGACGACACCAUCAUCCGAAGUGUAGACGACUCUCCCAUCAUCAGAAGUGAAGGGCAGGGGAAAAUCAUCCGAAGAGACGACGUCGAGAUCGUUGAGAUUAGAUAG